AUGGGGAACCAGUGGCUAUACAGCUGUUAUCUGGCUCCCAGUCUCACCAUCUCAGAAUUCGCAUCCGUCAUGGAGGAGAUAGCACUCGAUGUAAGGGGAAAGCCACAGGUGAUCAUCGCUGGUGACUUCAAUGCCUGGGCGGAGGAAUGGGGUAGCAGCCGGACAAACGCCCGAGGACAAACAGUGUUGGAAGCCCUUGCCACAUUAGACCUGGCCCUCAUGAACCAUGGCAGCCAACACACUUUCACCAGAGCUGGCACUGGAUCGGUUAUAGAUCUAGCAUUCGUUAGCUAUCCAAUUGCUAGAUCAGCGAAAUGGGCCAUUAGCAAUGUCUACACAGCGAGUGAUCAUAGGGCGAUCACGAUAGAUUUGGACCAUACCGAGUCACCGCGAGCAAAUGGAUUACAGGGCGGAAAGGCUUACAAAGUUGACACCCUGGACCCGGAAGCUUUCGCUGGAUCCUUUGCAGUUCCCAACUGGAGUGACAACGCAGAGGUAAGCGCCGAGCUGCUCAUGCGUUCAAUAACGGAUGCCUGCGACGCUAGCAUGGCGGUGCGAAGAUCGUGCAAAAUACACCACGUACCAGUAUACUGGUGGAACCAGCAGAUCGCAGACGUAAGAAGGCGAUUGCCUAGAGAGAAGGGCGUCCUAAACGGCAUAGUGGAUGCUCUGUUCACGGGCUCAUUCACUGUUCCAUCAGUGGAAGAUCACGUAGAGCACCGGCUCUAUACGGAGGUCCCAGAGGUUACAGUAGAGGAAGUAAUGCUGGCAGCGGCAAGGAAUCAAGGACUCCAAGUCACCUGGGCCGGACGCGAUCCCAAAUUGCGCGCUGAAGAUGGCGAUCAGGCUCCAUCCGCAGUGCUUUACAGAAAUUUUGGACAGUGUAUGAGGCAAGGUGUCUUUCCCCGCCCAUGGAAACUGCAGAAUCUGGUGCUGAUCCCAAAGCCGAACAAGCCACUAGAUUCGCCGUCGUCCUACCGACCGAUUUGUCUGCUUGAUACAACAGGCAAAAUAUUGAGAGGCUGCUCACAAGUAACGGACAUAGCAAGGAGAGCCAUAGCAGGCAGAAGAUGGCGUGGUGAUGCAAAGGAGUACUGCAUAGUCAUGACUCUGGACGUCAAGAACGCCUUCAAUUCUGCAAACUGGAGCUGCAUUAUAGGCGCCUUAAGGCGGUUCAACACCCCGAGCUACCUAAUGGAAAUAAUUGAGGACUACUUCAGGAAACGCAUUCUGAGAUAUAGAACGGAUAACGGAACCAAAUCGUUCAACAUCACUGGAGGAGUACCGCAAGGAUCAGUGUUGGGCCCGCUACUAUGGAACAUCAUGUACGAUGGCAUAUUGCGGCUCGACGUUCCAGAGUCUGCAACCAUUGUCGGCUUUGCAGACGAUGUGGCCUUAGUGGUGACAGCGAAAUAA